AAGUCUAUUAACUUAUUUUUUUGAAUUAAAAACCAAUAAAAGACAAAUGACUAGGUCACUGAAGCGACCGACCUCUGAAGGAGGGCGAUUUUUUUCUAAACAUGGAUAUGGAGGAACAGCGCCAAAUGGAACGAAGAAGAAUGGUGCUGGCAAGGCUAAUUGGGGUACAGAAGGUUCAGAAAUUGAAUUAUCAAAUUAUAUGAAACAAGGGCGUCGUCCAUCCAAUCCACAGUCUACAAGUGUAAAAUGGGUAGAUCUUGAUAAGUUUAGUAAAGAAGGUUCACCGGAAGCGAUUAAAACAUUUGACUGAUUUGCUAUGAAACUUUUUUUCUGGAAAAAAGAAUGGAAAUUAAAU